GGAAGAAUUCCCUUCGAGUUUUGUCUAUCGUUCCCCGUCCCCCAUUUCUCCGGCCGUUCCUCAAGAUGCCGUUCGUCAAAAAGGUCAAGUCCGACGCAUACUUCUCUCGUUUCCAAGUCAAAUACCGUCGCCGGAGAGAAGGCAAAACCGACUACUACGCGCGCAAACGAUUGGUUACUCAGGCCAAGAACAAAUACAAUGCGCCAAAAUACCGCCUCGUCGUCCGGUUCACGAACAAGGAGGUCAUUGUCCAGAUUGUCUACGCCCGCCUCCAGGGUGACUUUGUCUUGACGUCUGCGCGUUCAAAAGAGCUGCCACGCUACGGCAUCAACCACGGCUUGACGAACUGGACAGCAGCUUAUGCUACUGGUCUCCUCUGUGCCCGCCGUGCCCUCACAAAACUCGGACUCGCAGACAAAUAUGAGGGUGUUACCGAGCCUGAUGGUACAUCCACAUUGACCGAAGCCUUGGAUGAGGAAGAUGCCCCUCGACCCUUCAAGUGCUACCUUGAUGUUGGUCUCAAGCGCACAUCCACGGGUUCGCGUCUCUUUGGUGCUAUGAAGGGAGCGAGCGAUGGUGGUAUCUUCAUCCCUCACUCCGACAAGCGCUUCCCUGGUUACGACCCAGAGAGCAAGGAGCUGGACGCAGAGGUGUUGAAGAAGUACAUCUACGGUGGCCACGUCGCUGAGUACAUGGAGAGUUUGGAGGAGGAAGAUGAUGAACGAUUCAAAAAGCAAUUCUCGACGUACCUCGCUGAUGGUAUUGGCUCUGAGGAUAUUGAGGAGAUCUUCACGAAUGCAUAUGCUGCCAUUCGUGAAGACCCCACGUUCAAGCCUACGGACAAGACAAAAGACUGGAAGGCAGAGAGCAAGAAGUACAGGACUCCCAAGCUCAACCUCGAGCAGAGGAAGGCCAGGAUUGCUGCCAAGAUCGAGAAGUUCCAGGCUGGUGGCGACGACGAGGAGGAGUAGAUUUACCUCUACGUAUAUGGUACAACAUGCUCUGUUAUCGAUAUCAUACAUACACCGCAUUCUAUGCUUAUGCUAUGGAACUCCGAGUGCCUUUCGUAUA